CGCCCCUCCCUUCUUCUUCUGUGGUCAGCUGAUCCUGAAGUCAGACAGCCGCUGGAGAUGUUCGGAGACAGUGGAGCAAAGUAGCUUGUAGCGGCUUUUUCUCCAAUGGAGCGUUUUAUUUCCUCCUACUGACGCUAAUUUAAUAAUUUUACCUACCACUUAACGGAUAAGAAUGAGACGAGUUACCGGUUCUUCUUCUUCCAGUCGGUGUUAGCUUCAAUGCUAAAGUUAGGGUCUUAACGUGUUGCUAGAAUCAUUUAGCUUCUGCAGGGUAACUGCUUCAUCUGCUGGUCCACAUCCUGGUCCAUCUCCUGGUUUACUGAUCCACCUGAGAUGGUCUGAGGGUUUUUAUGAACCCAGAAGAAGCUGAGAUGGAAGACAGCGAUGGAGAAGACCUGAUAGAAACACCUGAGCUGCCCCUGGAGAUCAUCGUUUACAUCCUGAGUUUUCUUCACGCCUCAGACAGAAAGGAGGCGUCUCUGGUGUGCCGGACCUGGUACGAUGCCAGCCAGGAUCUGAGGUUUCAGAAGAACGUCACCUUCUGCUUCCCGGCUUCGGCCUCGUCCCUGGAGCUGGUCAGAGGUCUGGGCAGAAGGUCCCGCUGCAGUCUGAUCAUCAGCCAGCUGGACGGCUUCAGCAUUUCCAGGUCGCUUCUUCUGGAGGUGGGUCUGUCUCUGGGUUCUAAGGUGGACAGCCUGGCCCUCCCUGGCAGCAGUAUAACCGAGGCGUCUCUGCUGGCUCUCCUCCCUCGUCUCACCUCCCUCCGCCGGUUGGACCUCCGAGGUCUGGACAGCCUCUUCAUGUCUGGAGCUUUUCUGUCCAGACAGGAGCACCGACAGCAGGUCCGGUCGGCUCUGUGUGGUCUAGAGGACCUGGAUCUGUCCGGCCUUCGUUACCUGUCUGACCUCACCUUUAACCGGCUCACUGGCUGCACCCCGUCCCUCCGCCGCCUCUCGCUGGCUGGAUGCCACAUUGCCUUUGAGUUUGACCCGUACCGAGGAUGCCCGGUGGGGGCCGUCCAGGACUCUUCGGCUCUGCUGUCGCUGAGGAACUUGAGGAAACUGUUGACAGACCAGAAAUCUACCCUGGUAGCUCUGGACCUCAGCAGAACCUCCAUCACUCCUGAGUCGCUGCGCUCUGUUGCACAGGUUCCAGGUUUAGUCCUAAAGGAGCUGCAUCUGCAGGGCUGUAAGGAGCUGACUGACUACUCAGUGGAAGUUCUGGUGAAGCACCAGCCGGGCCUCCUCAAACUGGACAUCAGCGGCUGCACCGAGCUGAGCAGCAGGUCUGUGGAGGCCAUAGCCCAGGGCCUGAAGCACCUGGUGGACCUGUCGCUGUCCCGGGACUGGAGGAUCACUGAGAAAGGCCUCGCUGAGCUGCUGUCGCUGCCAUCUCUGAGGACUCUGGAUCUGUCCGAGUGUCUGCACAUCAAUGGAACAGAGAUCGUGAAAGGCCUGAAGGGAUCCGGCAGAGCAAAGCUGGAGGUCCUGAAUGUGAGAAGCUGCAGCUACAUUAGGGAUCUUGCAGUCUUCUCUCUCACCCAGCUGCUCGGGGAUUCUCUCCGUGAGUUGGACCUGACAUCAUGUGACAACGUGACCGACCUGUCGGUGCGCGCCGUCGCCACCUACCUGCAGAAGCUGGUAGUUCUGCGGCUGGGGUGGUGUAAAGAAGUCACGGAUUGGGGUCUGCUGGGGAUGGUGCAGACGGCCAAAUGUGAGCUGGAUGAGGACGCAGUCGAUAAGGGUCCCACGUUCACUCGAACCUUCGGCAACAUGGGCUUCUUCAAGCCUCCUCGUAUGCCUUUUGAGGAGCGACCCAAGCUGGUGACUCAGAACGACCUGGAGCAGUUCAAGCAGCAGUCUGGAGCUUCGCUUUUAGCUCUGAACCGGCUGCAGGAGCUGGACCUGUCCGCUUGCUGCAAGCUGACCGACAGCAGCAUCACUCAGGUGGUUCGUUACCCGGCUCUCCACCGUCUGUCUCUGUCCAUGCUGCCUGACAUCACCGACGCCAGCCUGGCAUCGGUGGCCUUGCACUGCCGCAGCCUCACCAGCCUGGCGCUCAGCCACUGCCCGGGCAUCAGCGACCGAGGAGUAGCUCGGGCUGCUCCGUACCUCCACCGACUGCAGCAUCUCUACCUCUCCUGCUGUCCCAACAUCAGCGAUAGGUCCUUGUUCCUCCUGCUGGAGCACUGUAAGCGUCUGAGGACACUCGACAUCUCAAGGUGCAAAAACAUCUCUUCGACAACAGUGGAGCUCCUCCAAUCACAGCUACCCUUCCUGGAAAACAUCCAGUCCAGGUUCAUCGGUGGAGCUGAUCUCCUCCCGGCACUCUGAAUGUCCUGAACCAGACCUUCACACAAACUGACCAAAGCCUGCUCUGAGUCCAACUUUUGCACAUUUCAGCAUUUUGCACAAGAACUGAAAGAGAUGUUUAUGAAUUGUCGGUUUACAGAGAAACAUCUGUAAGUAAAUCUAGACUUAAAGCCGCUCUGUAAGGGUUAGGGUUCUGACUGAGACAGAACCACUAAUAUUAACUUCUUGAAGUCUUGAUGUUUUAAUGUGGUCUAGAUCUGAUCUGAGGAAGGAAUUUCAAGGUGCUUUAUCCUGAAAACAGAAACACACAAUGAGAGAUUCCACUAAAACGUCUAAUAACAGCAUGGUGCUUUAAUUUACGAAUGUCCCAGCAAGAAAUGAAGGUUAGACAGAAAUAUUAAAGCACGAAGCUGUCCAUAAGUGAAAAGAUAAUUCUUUAAUCUAUAUCUGUAUUUAUGGAGUAGGUAAUCAUUCUGAACUAAUGUGAUUUCAGUUGACAGAUGAACUGUGGGAUAAAUUCUGACAUCUAAAUAACAUUUAGUUUUUUUUCUCCAUGUGAGCAGAUUUCCCUAAAAGGAGUUUAGCUGAAAUGCUAAUGCUUACUUUGGUCACAAAACUUUGUAUUUUUUUCUCAAUCAUUCCUUAUUUUGUUAAAAGCAAACUUUACUGGGGAUUUUUUUAAACAUUUUUCUGAAAAAUCAGUUCUGUGCUGCUCAACUAAUUUAGAGUACAUCUGAAGUGAAACAGAGUUUAUAGGGCAGUUUCUCCAAAGUUAAAGUAAAUUAAUUAACCCUCCGUGGUCUCAGGACUCCGUCGAUAUUAUUUUAAAUCUCCGUCUGCUGCAUUAACAACACCGUUUUAUUAUUUCUUUGAAAACUUCCAUUGGUACCAGUUUUAGGGAAUUAGAUUUAAUGGAAAAGGAUGCUCCCUAUUUUUUCCCAGUGAAACUGUGGACAUUUGCUGUCAUUAUUGGAUUCUGCAGCCUUCUGUUCUGGUCCAUCCCUCCUUUUCUUGGCCAAGCACACUUAUUAAUAAUAAUAAUAAUGAUGAUACACCUGUCUGAUUAAAGACAGGACACUUAUGCACUAUGACAGAGGGAGAAUUAUGGACUGCAAAGACAAAUAAUCAGGUAUUAAAUAUGUGGCUUUUAUAAAUAAACCAAAGUUUGGCUAAAAUGCCAUCAAUAAAA